CUGCCAGUGUAGCAUAGCAACCAGGCACGGACAUGAAGCGUCUCCAAGCCGACCAUCUACUGGAGCCCAGCGCCCCGGACCUGCUGCUGAGCCCCAGUGAAGGAGGGGAUGGCCUCCUGUCCGAGCUGGAGUACCCAGCAGACAGAGGCAACUGGACGGGCAAGCUGGACUUUCUGCUGUCCUGCAUCGGGUACUGUGUGGGGCUGGGGAACGUGUGGAGAUUCCCCUACCGAACUUACGUCAACGGGGGAGGCGCCUUCCUCAUCCCGUACUUCAUCAUGCUAGCUAUCUGCGGUAUCCCCAUCUUCUUCAUGGAGCUAUCGCUGGGUCAGUUCUCCAGCCUUGGACCCUUGGCAGUCUGGAAAAUCAGCCCCUUCUUUAAAGGAGUUGGCGUGGGGACGAUACUGAUUGUCUCCCUAGUGGCCAUCUACUACAACAUGAUCAUCGCCUACGUGCUGUUCUACCUCUUCUCCUCGCUGACCAGCGACCUGCCCUGGGAGCACUGCGGUAACUGGUGGAACACAGAGCGAUGUCUGGACCACAAGGCGGCCGCAAACCGAUCCGGAUACGGCCUCAACACCACAGGCACCGUGAGCCCCAGCGAGGAGUACUGGAGCCGCCGAGUCCUGCACAUACAGGGCAGCUCAGGUGUGGGCCACCCGGGGGCCGUCCGCUGGAACCUGUGCCUCUGUCUGCUCCUCUCCUGGGUCAUCGUCUACCUGUGCAUCCUCAAGGGGGUCAAGUCUUCAGGAAAGGUGGUGUACUUCACGGCCACCUUCCCCUACGUGAUCCUUCUCAUGCUGCUGGUUCGAGGGGUGACCCUGGACGGCGCCUGGCUGGGCAUUAAGUUCUACCUCACCCCACAGUUCGACCACCUCCUCACCUCUAAGGUUUGGAUCGAAGCUGCUCUGCAGAUUUUCUACUCACUGGGAGUGGGGUUCGGUGGCCUGCUGACCUUUGCUUCAUAUAACACCUUCCACCAAAACAUCUACAGGGACACCUUCAUUGUGACGUUAGGUAAUGCCUUUACCAGCAUCUUGGCAGGCUUCGCCAUCUUCUCUGUGCUGGGCUACAUGUCUCAGGAGCUGGGGGUACCUGUCAACCAGGUGGCACAGGCAGGACCUGGGCUGGCAUUCGUGGUGUAUCCGCAGGCCAUGACGAUGCUGCCACUGGCCCCGCUGUGGUCGUUCCUCUUUUUCUUCAUGCUCCUUACCCUCGGGCUGGACAGCCAGUUUGCAUUCAUGGAAACGAUUGUCACAGCAGUAACUGACGAGUUCCCUUACUUCCUACGGCCCAGGAAGGCCCUUCUUUCUGCCUGUGUCUCUAUUGCCAUGUUUCUCAUGGGUCUUAUUCUCACAACAGAGGGUGGAAUGUACUGGCUGGUGUUGUUCGAUGACUACAGCGCAGGGUUUGGGGUCAUGGUGGUUGUCAUCACUUCCUGCUUUGUCAUAUCACAGAUCUACAGUGUGCAGAGAUUUUCCAGGGAUAUCAGGAUGAUGCUUGGGUUUGAACCUGGGGUUUAUUUCACCACCUGCUGGAGGUUUCUCUCCCCAUUCACCAUGGUGGCCUUACUGGUGUACAGCAUCGUGAAGUACCAGCCCUCGGAAUACGGGACGUACAAAUUCCCCCGCUGGGCGGAGGUGCUGGGCAUCCUGAUGGGGCUGUUUCCCUGCCUGAUGGUGCCGGCGGGCAUGGGGCUGGCACUCCUGAGGGAGGAGGGCACCUUCAUGCAGAGGCUGAGACAGGCCAUCCGGCCAGCUCCAGAUUGGGGUCCUGCCUUGGAGGAGAAUCGGACAGGCAUCUACGUGAACACCCUUGCAGGUUGUCAGUCUCCUAGGCCACUCAUGGUCCACAUGAGGAAGUAUGGCGGGGUGACCAGCUAUGAAAACACUGCGAUGGAGCUGGAUAAAGAGAUGGAGGAGGAUGAGGAGUCCACAAUCUGAGGCCCGUCCUCUGUGAAGGACGCACCUA